AUGCCUGAAUUACCCGAAGUUGAAACUGUCCGACAAAUUUUAAUCAGCAGUGGAAUAACUAAUCAAACUAUCCAAAAAGUAGAAGUUUACAACAGAAUGACCGGAAAAUAUUUUGUAAAUGAAAGUUUGCUUACUCCGGAGCAAAAAGAUUCAACCAGUUUAAUUUUCCAACUUGGCAACGGACAAAAACUGAUUUAUUGUGAUGCUCGCCGAUUUGGGAGUUUUCGUUUACAAUCUUUGACCGAUUAUCAACAAUUAAAGCCUUACAAAGAUAUUGGAAUUGAUUUACUAAAUGAGUCAGUGGAUGCUAAAUACUUAUUCACUCAUUACCAAAAACGAAAAAUUUCCAUUAAAAUUGCUUUGUUAGAGCAAGAUAUUAUUAGUGGAAUUGGUAAUAUUUAUGCUUCAGAAGUGCUUUUUGAUACUAAAAUCCAUCCUCUAAAAAAAACUCAUGAACUUACUUAUUCAGAAGUAGAAAAAAUAAUUUCUUCGGCUCAGUCUAUUUUAAAAGAAGCCUUAAAAUUAGGAGGAACUUCGGCUUUUGAUUUCAUUAACCCCUUGGCUAAAAAAGGGGAUUAUCAAACCAAAUUAAAAAAAUUAUUAGAGAAUAAUUUUUCUGAACUCAGAAUUAAGCUUGCUAAACUAGUUAACCGAAAUGCUGUCGGAACCGAUACCCUUGAUGACGACCUUUGCGAAGUGGUUAACACAAUUAAUAAUUUCCAAACCAUUUUCACCAACUUAGAAAAGGAGAAAGAUUUAGAAAAAGAGGAAGAAGAAAGUCAAUUGCUUUCUGAAUUAACCCAAAUUAGACAAGAAAAGAUAAAACUGGGGAAAAAACUGACGGAGAAAGAAAGGGAACUAAAAAGCCAAACAGGGAAAUUGAAAAAUGAAAACACAAAACCGGAAGUUGAACAGUUAGAAAAAGAACUAAAAGCACUUAAAGAAAAAAAAGACGAAUUAAAUGAAGAAAAUAUUAGAUUAACUUCGGAAAAGAAUAUACUAGACCAGGAAAAUUUAGGACUAAGAAACGAAAAUGAAACAUUAAUUAUAGAAAAAGGACAAUUGAUUGCCGAGAACGAAGGACUACAGACAGAAAUAGGGAUUCUUGUAUUAUCAGGAAGAGUUAGCGAAUUUGAAAGUCCAGAAUUUGCUGAAUGGCAGCAAUUAAUUCAGCCCUUCCAAACAACUAACCAAGAACAAAUUAGAGAAUUGGAACUGAAGAUUGAAAAAUUGAAUGAUAUUGCUAGGAAACAACGAGAAAGUUUAGAUAGCCAACAGACAACAAUUGAAGAACAAAACACCGAAAUUCAAGAACUGAAUAAAGAAAACGAGGAGUUAGACAAGCGAAGUCGUUCUUUGACCGCAAAGGUUGAGGAAUUAGAAAAAAAAUUGACAAUUAAGGAAAUUGGGGAUGAACUUAACCAAAUGAUAGAUAAAAACCGAACUGACCAGGCGGAGGCUAUCAAUGACCAUGAAACUAAAAUUGAAGAAGGCGAGAAACGAAUGAACGACAUGGGAAUUGACAUUGACGCCCCGGUUUCCCCUCCUCCUACCCUUCCUGUCUCUGAAAGAUUUACUGGCAUUGAAGCACAUUCGGAACUUGUUGAAAAAAAUUUUAUUGAGGAAUUACUUAACCAGGAAGAAAAUAGUAAUGAGGAAAAGGAAAAUAAACUUACUGGAUUGGAAUUCGAGGAAUUAGAGAAAAUUGCUGACGACACCACAAGUCAAAAUCCCGAAACUGAUGAAAGAGAAUUAGUUGCUGAGGAAAAUAGUCAAUCGGAAGUUGCCGUGGGCACUUAUCCCGAGGAAGUGGAAAAAAUUGCUUCGGGGGUUCCUGUUGAAGAAAUGAAAAAAUUAUUAAAGGAGUAUGAAGAAAAAUCUAAACAAGAAAUGGAUGAACUGAGAAGAGUGAUAGAGGAACAAGACAAGGAACUAAAAAGAAGAAGAGAACAAAAAACUGAUCAAUCUUCCCAACAAAACGAGGAAAGUAAAGAAAAUAACGAAGAAGACCACGCAGGAAAAUUAAUUAAAAAUGCCGAAGAAGCGCUAUCGCAGGCAAGAAGAAGUUUAGCAAGUACUCCUGUUGAGGAAUUAAAUGGGUUUAAUUUUCCUUCCGUUGCUGGUAAUGAGGGAAAUAAUCAUUCUUGUCCGAAAUGUGGGGCAAAUUCUAAUCCAGAAGCCAAUUCAGACAAAUCAAAAAGAAGCCAUUCAAGGAGCAGCAGCCGCAAUUCUUUCCGCCGCAGCGGCAGUUUCGAUGUUAGCGAAAGUUUUCAAAAAAUUGCCCAACUCAAAGAACAGUUAAAAGCGCAGGAAAAUGAAGUGGUAAGUCUGAAUACUAGAUGCGCAGCACUAGAAGGAGAAAAAAUCCGUUUAGAAGAAGAAUUAGAAAGAGUAAAUGAUAACCGUUCGACAAAAGCCCAUCACAGCCGUGAAACUAGCAAUGACACUGACAUUUCUGGAACGCUUGAACCUAACGAUUUUAAUCCUGAUGAUAAGGAUAGAAAGAUAGUUGAUUUACAGAGCGAUUAUGCACGAGAAGCCGGCAAGAAAGCAGAAGCCGAAGCCUUUUUGGCCUUCCCUGAAUUAAUAAAUGAAAUAAAUGACAAAAGCAAAGAAUUAGUUUUCAUUCCGGUCAAUAACCCUGAUUUUCACUGGUCUCUCUUGGUUUAUGAAACUAACAGUAAGAAAUUUUAUCAUUUUGACAGCAGUUUAAAAGGAGUUAAUUAUGAGUAUGCAAAGCCAUUAGUUCAAGAUUUAUUAAAGCAAAUUCACCAGAAUAAUGAGGUUGAUUUAGAACAGUAUUUAGUGAAAAAACAUGAUAUCAAACAAGGUAACGGCCAUGAUUGUGGGGUAGCAAGAGUAGAGGAAGUGUUGGGGAUUAAAAACAACAAUGAUGAGAAACAGGAACAGCCACUAACUUCACCCGAGAAGUCAAGCAAGACCGAGGAAGAAUUAGAAAAAGAACUGGCUACGGCCCAUGGAAAAAUAUUGGAUUUAGAGAUUCAGUUAGCAGCAAGUUUGCGGAACGAGUUGAAUGGAGAUGAAGGAGAAGAUGGAUUGAAUGAAGCCUUAAAUGAAGAAAUUGAAGCGAGACAAAAGGCUGAAGACAAAGUGGAAACUCUUGAAACUGAAAUCGCUCAGUUGAAAGCAGAUUUGGCAAAAACUCAAAAGCCUCAACAAACUGCCCCAAAACCAAAAAAUCAGCCUAAAAAAAACAAUGCUAAACCCACAAAGUCUCCGGCUGAUUUAAAACAACAAUCAGACAAUAAAAACCAAGAACUAACUGAAGCAAAAAUCAAAGCAAAAGAACUGGGAGAUAAAGUAAAGAAACUAGAAAAACGCCCUGAUAUUAGUCAAAAAGAAAAAUUAAAAAGGAACCUUGAGGUUGAGAAAGAAAAGAGUAAAAAAAAUCAAGAACUUAAUAAAAAUUCAGCAACUAAUACUCCAAAAACUAGAACUAAUCAGCCAGCCAAAAGAGGUCAAAAUAGUGAAACAACUAGGUCGGCCGGUUCACUAGGCCAAAAGAAAAGUCCAACCCAACAAAUUAAGGAAUUAAACAAUCAAUUGUCAACUAUUCAGCAAGAACGCGAUGCUGCUCAGGCCGCCCAGACUCAGGCUGAAAAUGAAAGAGACGCCCGUCCCACUGCAGCCGAAUUAGCAGAUUUAAAAAGCCAAAAGGACGGACUGGCUAAACAGUUAACUGAAACACAACAAAGAAACAAAGAAUUAGAAGCAGAAAGCAAGUCCGCUGAAGCAUUACAAGACACUAUCAAGGAAUUAACCGCCAAAAUCCAAGAGUUAGAAAGUCAUAGCAAAAAGGGAACAAUUCUCGAAAGAAAACAAUUGCAAGACACAGUAGCAAGAUUGCAACUAAAAAUAGUAAAUCUAAAAGGGGAAUUGGCAGAACAACAAGUCCAAAAUAAAUUCCGCCAAUCAGCAAUUAGAAACGGUAGAAAAACCACCGAGGAAAUUAAUAAUCUCAACGAAGAUUUAUCUAUUGACCGCCAAUUAAACCAAAUAAUUAGCGAAGAAAAUGAAAAUCUUCAAGAUAGAAACAAUGAAUUGGCCGGGCAACUAAUUAAUGCUAACCAGCAAAUCGAGGCACUAAAAAAGGCUGGCGAAGAAGCGUUAAAUUUACUUUCUGAGAAAGAAGAACAAUUAAAAAAAAUCCAGGCCCAAACAGAAAAAACAAAACAGAACCAGCAAAAACCAACAAAAACUUCCUCCUGA